AUGAUAAAAUUUUCAGAAAGAAGAGUUACAGGCAAGCAAGUGUUGCCGCAGUUGAUCAUUACGAUUCCGAACGUGAUGAAUCUGACUUUUUCUCAACCUUUCAUUGAUUUUAUUUGUGAAGAGAUGUGUAAAAUGGAUAAUGUGUAUAUGAAAGGCAGUAAGAUCCGUGUAGAGGUAAAUAUUGCUGGUAAACCUCUUCAUUUUCGUAUUGAUACCGGAGCAGACGUGUCUCUUGUGAAGGAGCAGUCAUGGAAUUGUUUUGGACAGCCAAAGUUAGCUACUGCAACGGAACAGCUUAGAAACGCUUCUGGUGCAAUCAUGUCUUUCAUGGGUACAUUCAAACAUUGUGUUCACUUUCGUAAUACAGAAACCUUUAUCCAAUUCUUCGUCAAGAAAGACGGAGGUAAAAAUCUCCUAGGCAUGGACUGGCUAAAGAAGAUUGGUCUCGCUCAAGCGUGUAAUACCUAUCUUUCUAAUUUGGGAAACCAGAUCUCACAAGGAAUUUGCCACAUGGAGUUUCCAUACCAAUCAGCUGACUACAUUAAUCUCACAUGUGAAAGUCCAGCUGAAUGCAUCCCUAAAAAAAUUCCAUUCCAAAAACUGCCAAUACACCUCAGAGAGAAGAUAGAAGCAGAGAUGGACAGAUUGGUCAAGGGAGGAGUAAUAGAGCCUAUCAAUACUGCUAUUUGUGCUUUUCCAACAGUCAAUGUAAUCAAACCUUAUGGGAAAGUAAGAAUAUGUGGCGAUUUUAAACCACUUAACAAAGUUCUAGUUGGUGGUCAACACCCUAUUGCGCAUCCGAAUGAGCUGUUCAGUACUCUAGCUGGAGGAGAGAAAUUCAUAAAACUAGAUCUUUUGGAUGCAUAUAAUCAACUGCCCUUGGAUGAAGAGAAUCAACAGUACCUGGUGAUGAAUACUUACAAGGGUCUUUUCAAGUAUCGUCAUUUACCUUUCGGAGUCGGUUCUGCCUUUGCAAUUUUUCAAAGGGCAAUGGACAGGGGUCUGGCAGAUGUUAAGGGAGUAGCAUGUUGUUUCGGUGAUGUUCUUGUUACCAGUUCAAAUGACGAAGACCAUCUAAGAAACUUGUCUAUCGUUUUCAAAAAUUUCAGCAACGUGUUUUGUGUCUUAACAAGGAAAAAUUCAAGUUUCUCGGUCGUCAGUACAGUACUUAGGGCAUAUAAUUGA